AUGAACCAUAUUGAUCCUGCACUGGAAAAGCGUGUGCUGCGUAAAAUGGAUCGAGCUCUAAUACCGCUCGUGACGGCUCUCUAUCUUGUCGCUUUCUUGGACCGCUCGAACAUAGGAAAUGCGGAAACUGCCGGUAUGAACAAGGACCUUGGGUUUGACGAUGCGCAAUACCAGUGGCUGUUAACAAUCUUCUACAUCCCGUAUAUCGUCUUCGAAUUCGCUGCCCUGAUGUGGAAACUCGUUCCUCCGCAUAUUUGGGCGUUCUCCUGUGUGCUUGUUUGGGGGAUUGCAUCAACACUGCAAGCUGCGGCGUUCAACUGGCAAGGUCUCAUGGCAUGCCGAUUCUUCCUUGCCGCUGCCGAAGCUGGAUACGGACCCGGUAUUCCUUACCUGCUCAGCUUCUUCUAUAAACGACAUGAGCUUGGAUUUCGUUGCGGCAUCUUUCUCUCAGCAGCCCCUCUCGCGACAACUUUUGCCGGUGCGCUCGCUUACGGUAUCACUUCCGGCCAUCCAUCGAUUGCCAACUGGAGGCUUUUGUUUCUCGUAGAAGGCAUCCCCUCCAUCAUUCUAGCAUUCGUCGCGUUCUUCUUUAUGCCAGACUCCCCAGAUACGGCCAAGUUCUUGAACGAAGAAGACCGACAGGUGACGCGUGCUCGUGCUAUCCAGCAGACCGGCCAAGAAGGUGCCGCGCGAGUCGGGCAUAUCAACAUGAAGGAAGUAUUUGCAGCACUUCUGGACAUCAAGACGUGGCUCCCACCGCUGAUGUACUUCAGCUGCAAUGUCUCCUUCAGUAGUUUGCCCGUCUUCCUGCCUACGAUUCUGACAACCAUGGGUUUCUCUUCGAUCAACGCGCAGGGACUGACUGCGCCUCCAUACUUUCUUGCUUUUAUCAUCUGUAUUUUGACGACUUGGAUUGCGGACAAGACACGGCAGCGAGGAUACAUGCUCAUCUUUCUCUCCAUAAUUGGUGGAGUUGGUUAUAUCUUGCUGGCAACUUGCAAGAGCGUAGGCGUUCGCUACUUCGGUGUCUUCCUCGCCGCGGCGGGUGUAUUUCCAGCAAUCGCCAAUAUCCUGCCCUGGACAAUCAAUAACCAGGGAAGUGACUCUAAGCGCGGUUCCGGUAUUGCGCUCCUGAACAUCGUUGGUCAAUGUGGUCCUCUUCUUGGCACUCGCAUAUUUCCUACGGCUGACAAACCAUACUAUGUCAAAGGCAUGAGUAUUUGCGCUGCAUUCAUGUUCUUCAACGCUGUUUUGGCUCUUAUCUUGAGGACGUGGCUUGCACUGGAGAACAAGAAGUUUGAAAAGUGGGAUGCGGAGGCGCGGGCUGCCGGGCUUGACCCCGGUAAAGAGCAGAGUGGGCAGGAGAAUGAGGGAUACGGGUUUAGGAACUUCCUAUGA